AUGAAGAAAACCAUCCAGCAAGAACCCGAAGGCAAUGAGGAUGACGAUGCCGGUUCUGGAUUCAUCAAGGGAAAGAACGGCAAGCCUCCCAAGUUCACCUCCCGCAAAUUCUGGAAUUAUGUGGAUUGCUCGCUCAAAGCUGUCCACCAAGCUGCAAGGGAAGAGGCAGGACCAGAUUAUGCAAACAUACUCGUUGAAUACUUUCAAAUGGACCUUGUCGAGUUUCCAGGGAGCAUGGUCGUUCCUAAGCUCCUGAAAACAACUAGUCCCCAGUGGCAGAUGACUAUUCAGGACUCGUUGUUUUGGGGCUGA